AUGCAGAGAAUGUUCCAAAAAAAGACAGAGUCGGGCUCAAAAAAAAGACGUCAAAGAGCAAAAAGAAAUAGAAGACAACUUACUGCUUCCAUAACUGCUAUAAAUGCACAACUAGUGGUAUUAUUGCAACAAAUCAGUAGUCUUCAAAUGCAAGUAUCAAAUAUAGCAACAACAACUACAACUUCAGCACCAGCAGGACAAGUACCAUGA